AUUUCUGAGGGUCAGACCGUAUACUUGAUCAAUAAGUCCGCGGUCACACUGUGCACGACACGAAUUAAUUCGACGAAAUUCCACCCACCCACCCCAGCAAUGCACUAUUGUCAGGAAAGGAAAAUGUUGGAUACGUGAUUUAGGGAUUCGCGAAAAGCCAGAAAAAACAAAGAAAAUUCCUUAAGAUACAACCAAUUUCAACUGUGCAAACAGGGUGCGUGUGCGUGUCCGUGCAUCUGUAUCUGUGUCUGUGUAUCUGUGUGUGUGGGUUCUAGUGUCAAGGCAUCCUUAAUUUUUUCGCACACAGCUCAACAUUUUUUCUCUAAUAUACCAACAAUAGAGAGAGAAAAAUAGAGGGAGGGAGAGAGCUACAGAAAGAGCGCGCCAGCAGCAACGCGGAGAGAGCAAAGAUCAGCCACAGACCCAGACACACACCCACACACGACCACAGAGUGGUUCCUGCUGUUCUCUGAACCAAACCACCGCCGCUGCUGACUCACCAGACGCAGUCCGUCAGCUGCUAGCCGGGAUCGUUGCAAUUAAGAUUAACCCCCUCUCCAGAGACCAGAAAGCCAGAACGGGGGAGAGGAGCUGAAUCUUCAAAAGGAUCAAGGGUCAAGGGUCGAGUCAAGCAAGGGAAAACGGGGGCAAUGACUAUGUUUACGGGCAAGCUGCAGAUCAAGGUGUGCGAGGCGAGCGGCCUGCGUCCGACAGAUUUCCAGAAGCGCCACAACCUAACGUUCGGCAAACUAGCCGACGAGCAGCUCAUUGAUCCCUACGUCUCGAUAGAUGUCGACGAGAGUCACUUUGAUCGAUCCACCACACGCCCAAAGACAUUCGAUCCUGUCUGGAAUGAGCAGUUCGUGCACGAUGUCAACAAUGCCAAGAACAUCAGCUUGACCGUCUUUCACGAUGCGGCCCUGCCGCCGGAUGAUUUUGUGGCCAAUGCCAUUAUAUCGUUCGAAGAUCUUAUGCAGAGCGAGACAGGCGCUCCAGAUCUAUGGGUCAACCUGGAACCACAGGGGAAGAUCCACAUCAUCAUUGAGCUGAAGAAAUGCAAUGAUCAAGCCAAAGCCGAGGCCGAGGUGGAACGCACUGUGGCCGUCAAUAAGGAGUUCAAAGAGCGCGCUGGCUUCAAUCGCCGUCGUGGAGCCAUGCGACGUCGUGUGCACCAGGUGAAUGGUCACAAGUUCAUGGCAACAUUUUUGCGUCAACCCACCUUCUGUUCGCAUUGUCGGGAGUUUAUCUGGGGAAUUGGUAAACAAGGCUAUCAAUGUCAAGUCUGCACCUUAGUUGUACAUAAAAAAUGUCAUCUGUCCGUGGUGUCCAAGUGUCCGGGCAUGCGAGACGAGCAGCAGACCAAAGUGGAGGUGGUCCCUGCCGGCCAGAGAUUCAACGUCAAUGUGCCCCACCGGUUUGUGGUGCACAGCUACAAGCGGUUCACCUUCUGCGACCACUGCGGCUCGCUGCUGUACGGACUCAUCAAGCAGGGACUACAGUGCGAGACCUGCUGCAUGAAUGUGCACAAGCGCUGCCAGAAGAACGUGGCCAACACGUGCGGCAUCAACACCAAGCAGAUGGCCGAGAUCCUCAGCUCGCUGGGCAUCUCGCCGGACAAGCAGGGCCAGCAGCCGCGCCGCUCCAAGUACUUGAACCAGCAGGGCGGCGAGGAUAACUACGGGGCUUCGCUGGGCGCCGACGGGGACAAUGUGCCCGGUGCCUCGUUCCGCAGUGGCACAUUGUCGGCCGACAGCCUGGCCACCUCCACCAGCACGCUGACCAGCGGGUACAACAGCAGCAGCUGCAUGAGCCUGGCCGUGGGCGGAGCCACCGGGGACACACGCCCCGGCAAGUGCUCGCUGCUGGACUUUAACUUCAUCAAAGUGCUGGGCAAGGGCUCGUUCGGCAAGGUGAUGCUCGCCGAGAAGAAGGGCACCGACGAGAUCUAUGCCAUCAAGGUGCUGAAGAAGGAUGCCAUCAUCCAGGACGACGAUGUGGACUGCACCAUGACGGAGAAGCGCAUCCUGGCGUUGGCCGCCAACCAUCCCUUCCUGACUGCGUUACAUUCCUGUUUUCAGACUCCGGACCGCCUGUUCUUCGUUAUGGAGUACGUAAAUGGCGGCGACUUGAUGUUCCAGAUACAGAAGGCUCGUCGAUUCGAGGCGGCCCGUGCCGCCUUCUAUGCGGCGGAGGUGACAUUGGCGCUGCAAUUCCUCCACAUCCACGGUGUCAUCUACCGCGAUCUGAAGCUGGACAACAUUCUGCUCGAUCAGGAGGGCCACUGCAAGCUGGCCGACUUUGGCAUGUGCAAGGAGGGCAUCAUGAACGGCAUGCUGACCACAACGUUCUGUGGCACACCCGACUACAUCGCCCCGGAGAUACUCAAGGAGCAGGAGUACGGCGCCUCCGUCGACUGGUGGGCGCUGGGCGUGCUCAUGUACGAGAUGAUGGCCGGCCAGCCGCCGUUCGAGGCCGAUAAUGAGGACGAGCUCUUUGACUCGAUCAUGCACGACGAUGUCCUCUAUCCCGUUUGGCUGUCCCGCGAAGCCGUUUCCAUAUUAAAGGGUUUUCUCACCAAGAAUCCGGAACAGCGUCUUGGCUGCACUGGCGAUGAGAACGAGAUACGCAAGCAUCCAUUUUUCAAUAAGCUUGACUGGAAGGAGCUUGAGAAGCGCAACAUAAAGCCACCAUUCCGACCAAAAAUGAAAAAUCCACGCGAUGCCAACAAUUUCGAUGCGGAGUUCACCAAGGAGGAUCCGGUACUGACCCCCAUAGGGAACGACGUCAUACGAUGCAUCAACCAGGACGAGUUCGCUGGCUUCUCCUUUGUUAAUCCCAAGUUCGGACCAGAGCGCAAAGUCUACUAGGGCCCAACGAUUGUAGUUCAUUUUCCCUUUCACUUUUGGAGGCACCGGAUCCGAUCUGAUCCGCCGAAAUAACAAUAACCCGCCACAGGUUGAGCUCCACCCACCCCAGGGGCCGGGCCGUAUAGAUCAGUCAGUGAGUUAGUUUUAAAUUGGGUGGACAUACAGAUCGAUCUGUGCCGUCAUCUAGCAUCAACCAUCAACCAUCUAGCAUCUAGCGUCUAGCGUAUUCCUCUAGCGUAUAUCCCUAGCACAAGCUAACUAUCCGUAUUGUUUCUCGAUGAAAACGCUUCAUUGUUGUCUGUUUUCCAAUUGUAGUCGUUGUCCUUAUUUCGUUCUAAAUCCUAGGUUCGAAGCAGAGAAGUGAAACAUUGCAAGUACUGUAGAUCGAUCACUCAUUGUCACCCGAAGCCAUAGCCAUCUCCACAACCAACAACCAGUGCCAAAGCUGCUGCUUAGCUUCGACUUGAAUGGUGCGCACAAGGCAGAAAGAACCAAAUUGUUAAGUUUCCCCAGAUUCCUAUUCCGCUUCCGCUUUAAGCUUCAAGCUGGAGCCUGCCUCCGCCGCUUAAAAAGAGUUUUAAUUUAUUUAUUGUAUUGUAUUGAAGUUAUGUUAUUUGCCAAGCCAAUCCACCGCCUCGCCCCGCACCCGAACCCAUCUAGUCAAUGCCCUUGUGGGCUGCAAUUGUGGCUCAGAGUGCAUUUUGUUAUUAGUUAUUUAUUGAUUAAUUGAUUGUUUGAUUGUUUAACGUGCCGAAUCUCAAGUUUCGCACUUAAAGGCAGGCAUAAAGACGGCCAGACAGCGUCCAAGCUUAGCUCUUGCUCCAAGCGAAUCUCAAGGGAACCUCUAAAACACACACAAUAUGUGCCGCUUCGCAACGUGCCGUCUAUAAAACAAAUACCCCCCCAAAGCAUAUACAUAUAAAAACACACAAAUUUAAUUUCAAUUUGUUUUUUUAUGUAUUUGAAAUCUUGCACAACUUCCUUCUCAAGUAUUAAAGCGAUAUUAUUUUAAAAUUUAACCUUAUUGUUAUACACACAAAUAUUUAUAAAAAACCAAACUAAAACAAAAAUCAAGCCAAAAAAUCCUAAAACAAACGCAUACAAUUUAUCAGCAAAACAAAGAGAAAGUAAAGCUACUAAAUCAUAGAAAAUAAAGCUAAAACAAACAAAUGUCUAUAAAAUUCACAUCAAUUUAUGUAUGCUAAAAACCUAAAAACAAAUUAUGAAUACAACCAAGAAACGUGUUUAGUCCGUAAGCCGAAGAGAGAGGGGAGAAGAAAACAAACAAAUUAUAUAUAUAUAUAAUAUACAUACAUAAAGCAUAUAAAAUUGUGAAACUAAAGGCAUAUUUAUAUAACAAACAAAACACUUAGCGUAAUGAAAGAGAUCCGAACAAACGUUAUACAUAUAUGAAAUUAUAUGAAAAAAGGAGGAAGAGACGAGAGAUACAAUAUUAACGAUUAUUAUGUAUAUGUUGAUUUUAAAGCCAAAGACUCAAAGCUAAAUUCUAUUCUAAACAAAUUUUAGCAGAACGCAUCGAAAUCUGUUAAUUACUUCAUUUAAAUGUUGUUAUUCCUAUUAUUUUAUGUACGACGACACAUUUCAUGCGAUGCGGUAAAAUUUGUUUCAGUUUAUGUUUUCAAUCUAUCCACAGAGCAAAAGGAAUUCUGCUAAAAUAAAUCAUUACAAAAUAUAUACUUAUAAUUAUAUUGCAAGGAUGGAUAGCCAAGGACCCUUCAAGGACAGGAGAUUUAUUAACUAUAAGCAGCGUUGUUGACUAAAAAAAAUUUAAAAAAAAAAUAAAACAGAAGUAAAACAAAAAAUGCAGAGGAGUCAGAGGCAAGCAUGAAGCAUAAAAUUUGUAUGUAAUAAUGAACGCCCAGUGUCUAAUAAUAUGUAUUUGUGAAAUAGCAAGCCCUGCGCAAGCGCUAGUUACCCAUUUACAAUUGAAAUGUUAACCUAAAGUAUUCUCAAAAACGCAUUUUACCAAAAAAAAAAAUAUAUACAUAUAACAAAAACGAAAAUACCCAAAAAAAAAAGGAAGAAUAAGGAGAACAUAGGCAAAAAUGUUACAAAGAUAAAAAAAUAAUUUUAUAAAACAAUGAGCUCAAUCGCUAGACGAUCCAGGCCAUUGAGAAGAUUGAAAAUAUAGACAAAUAGUAGCGCUAUUCAAUUAAAGAAAAAGAAAGAAAAUGAUACAAAAUAUACAACAAAUAGAGCAAAAACUCUCACAGAUAUACGCAUCCAGCCAACAUGAUUAAUUUAUAUGAGUAUAGUCCGUUAGUCAGGUACGAUACGGUCAGGUCAGGGAAUAAGCAAACAGAAUAGAAAAUAUUGUUGGUUGUUCUCGAGAAGAAGCACACACAAAAUACAAAGAAAUGAAGAGAGAAUGAAUGGAAGCGAAGCGGGGAACAGGAACAGAAACCGAAACAGGCAAGGGAAAUGGGAAAAAGAAAAGAAAAGCACAAAUCGCGGAACCUGAAACAAGUAAAAUAUUAUAGGGAAAUGUGAAACCAAAUGUUAGCUAUAAGCUCACUCUUCAAAUAUGCAAAGCAAAUUAAUGCAAAUGCUCCCCCUUCCCCACUCUCAAUCUGCUAGACACACUCGUAAACACACAAAAGCUAUAGGUCGAAAGUCAUUGCUUGCCAAAGAAGGACUCCAGUAGAGCGAUCCAGCCAGUGCUAUAACUCUGAAUGUACGAGAUGUACUCACAGAUCAGAUCCAGCUAAGCUAACGCUUUUCUGGACAAGAACAAACACCCACAAACGAUAUACACAUAUGUGCAACUUUUUCAUGUACCUUUCGCAUCUUAGAUACUUAAAGAAAACACAUACAAACAUACACUCGGAGGAUUAUUAACGGCAGCCCAGCCCCUAAUCAUUGUCUAAAAGUUGUUAACUACAAAAACUACUAAGAAAAUAUAUUGAAUUAUUUAUUGAAUGGCGUACAAAGCAGAGCGCAAAAAACUGAAAGAGUUGUAGCAGAGGAGGCUUAGUUAGAGGAAGAGUCAUUGCAAAAGUAAUAUUCAUGAACAGAAAAGUAUUCACAAACACACAAAAACCAAACAAAACCGAAAAAGUAACCAAACUACAAUUGGGAGAACGCAUAAAUAAAGUUAAGUUAUGUUUAAACAAAAGAGAUAAAUAACUGUAAAGAUAAAGUCAAGAGUCAACAGUUGAUAUGUUGUAAAAAAAAAAGAUAUAUUAAAACAAAAAAAUUUAAACAAAAGUAAGCCAAGGAAGGAAGUGUUAAAGCAGAUACUAAAUAAAUGGUAAAGAACAAAUGUACCGAUGUGCGAAGAUAACCAAAGAUACCAAACUUGAAAACAACAAAAAUUGAUUUAUAAUUUUAAGUGAAAACUAAUUAAUAAAUAAAGAGGUAACACCUAUGAAAAAUGUA